AUGUCUGCAUCGAAUCCUUUCCGCGCUAAAAUAUUGGGCAAUACUCCAUCUCCUGCGACGCAUACAGACAAGGACAUUUUUGCCCCUGCCUCGUCUUCCCAGCCUCCAUCCGCUCCAGCAAUAGCCCCGAACGGUCAUCUCGGGAAGUCGUCGAUACCACUCGAGCACGUGGAUGACGCAACCUCGGACGAAGAUACGAACCCAUUCAAUCCAGACCUAUCUGCGAGCGAUAGUGAGGACGAUGUGACCGGAUACAAUAGCUCAGUUACCCGUGAAUAUGAUCGACCACGAGCUUCUGGGUCAGCUCCACACCGAGCUCCAUCGACAGAUGGAUCCUCCAUAUCGACCGACCACAAAAUGCGUCCCGCGACGGGAGGAGUAAAGGGCGACAGCGCUCAACAUGAAAUACGUGCGACUUCAGGGUCGCCUACAGAACUUGGUAGAACUACCUCUGUCAGCAGAUCGAAAGACAGGAAGCCGCCGCCUCCGCCCAAGAGUCAUCACGGUCGAAGAAUCAACUCUGAAGCUACCGAGCAGUCCUCUCCGGUUGCCAGAUCCCAGUCUGGUAACCGUCUGUCUAUACAUGGCUCUUCUAGGAAUGUGACGCCUGGCGCCUCGCAUCCCAGCUCGGUGUCUCUACCGUCGACCGCGGACUACUUCUCAUCCCCGACGGCAGAUCAGAGGGCGACAGGGUCCUCGGACUCGCUUCGGCGCAGCAACUCCCAACCUAAGCGGCCCCCGACGCCACCUCUCAGUCGACGACACAGUCAAAUGCGGAGGUCGCAGUCGUCCCGGACCAAACCUAGUAGUCGAUUAAGCAUGUCUUACGAUUCAGAGAGCAAUGACAGCUCUCAACCUCCGAGUCCUAGCCUUUCCAGUCGACAACUGGAGAACAAGAGGCUCAGCAUGCCUCCGCUAUCUCCAGGAGAUUUCCAGACAGCUUCUCCGCUGGGGGAUGUUUCGAACCAAAGUCCUCACACUGACUCCAGGCCGUCAUCCCUGAAGGCCGGGCGGCGUAUGUCAUCUUAUGGGAAUGUGCCGACUGGCUCUACUGGACCUCCUCCACCACCUCCGCCUCGGCGCACUCGAGACUCUAUAAACCGUAGCAGUGAUUUGACAUCGAAGGAGAAUGAGAAGCCGUCUACACAACCACAGCCAUCGAAUGCGCUUGAUAUAUUGGCUGAUCUGACGAAACUCCAAAAAGAAGUGGAUGAUCUUCGGGGUCAUUAUGAGCGGAAAGUGGGUCAUUGA